CGGAGACCUGGGGCUGGCCACCAGGGUGGGGCCGGGGGGCCGCUGCCACAGGUGACUGGCAGGCUCUGAGCGGGCUCUCUGGGUGGGCGCAGGUGGGCCCCGCCUGGCCCCAGCCUUCCUGAGCCCCUGUUAUGCUCCCAGAGUGCUCUGUGGGACCCCAAACUUCUUGGCCCCAGAGGUGGUGUCCGGGAACGGGCAUUCCUGCCAGUCAGACAUCUGGGCUUUGGGCUGCAUCAUGUACAUGGUGCUGACUGGCGCCCCUCCCUUCGUGGCGGCGCCCCUGUCGGAGAUGUACCAGAGCACCCGAGACGGCCGCUACUCUGAGCCCGCACACCUGUCCCCCAACGCACGCCGCCCCAUCGCCCGCCUGCUGGCGCCCAACCCGGCCGAGCGGCCCAGCCUGGACCACCUGCUGCAGGAUGACUUUUUCGCACAGGGCUUCACCCCGGACCGGCUGCCCCCCCACUCCUGCCACAGCCCGCCCAUCUUCGCCAUCCCCCAGCCUCCGGGCAGGCUCUUCCGGAAGGUGGGCCGGCUGCUGCUGCCCCAGUGCCGGACGCCCUGCCCCUUCACUCCUAAGGAGGCCUCAGGUCCAGGAGAAGAUGGUUCUAACCCUGACUCCACGGAGUGGGGCGGUGAGGCCUCCCGGUCAGAGAGAGAGGCUCCGGGCCCCGAGCGCCCUAUCCACCUGCUCAGCCAGGGGACCCUCCGGAGUGACCGGGCGGGGCCCGAGGGGAGCCCGAGGCAGGAGGUGGAGGCGGCCGUCCGGAACCUGCCGCUCUGCCUGGACUCUGGCCGCCCAGCCAUGCAGGACCCCCCAGGAGAGCAGCGGCCCAUCCUCUGGGCCCCCAAGUGGGUGGAUUAUUCCAGCAAGUACGGCUUCGGCUACCAGCUUCCUGCUUCGGGACGGCACCCACAUGGCCCUGCGCCCUCCAGGAGGAGGGGGGCCUGUCCACGCCCGCCGGGCCCGGCUGCCCCCGGCCUCCGCCCGCUGCGCUUCCUGGUGUCCGAGGGGGCUGCGCUGCUGCUCUUCAGUGAUGGGACCACGCAGGGGAGCGUCAGCUGCAGCGGAGACCGGGCUCACCUCGUGCUGAGCGGUCGAGGCAAAGAGCUGCUGCUCACGGUCUGGGAACAGGGCCGGCCCGGCAAUUCCUACCCGCUGGGCGUCGCAUGGAGCCAUGGCUGUGCCCUGGCCACCUGCCAGCACCUUCAGCAUGCCAUCCACCUGCUGCAGAGUGUCCAGCGUCGCCGAGGGUCAGAGUGGACCUCUGCCUGUUGACCCAGGGGACCCAGGCUCCACUUC